UGUGCGCUUGUUUGUGUUUGUGUGGACGGAGCGGCAACGCGUGGGCUAGCAAAGCGCCGGUAGAACACCUUUUCUUCCGUGUCCGCAUAUUUCAUUCUACUACGCUUACCGAAGCAAAGACGACAUGGCUGAAGCUCCGUACAUGGCCGAAUACGCCAAGAGCGGCCGCGCGUCUUGCAAGGGUUGCAAGUCCAAGAUCGACAACGCCGAGCUUCGCCUUGCUGUCAUGGUGCAGUCGCCCAUGUUUGACGGCAAGACGCCCAACUGGUACCACUUCAUGUGCUUCUUCGCCAAGCAGCGGCCAAAGUCUGUCGGCGAUAUAGACAAGUUUGGCACGUUACGUUAUGAAGACCAGAAGCGUAUUGAGGAGAAGAUCGAGUCCAAACUGGCCACAGGAACUACUGAAGAGGAUCUGAAGGACUUCGCCACUGAAUAUGCCAAGUCCGGCAAAAGCACCUGUAAAGGAUGCAACGAGAAGAUUGCAAAAGGAGAGGUCAGGAUUUCCAAGAAUGACUAUGAAAGUGGCUAUGCCAAGAUGCGAGGGGCCAUUCCAAUGUGGUUCCAUGUGGACUGCUUUGUCCAAAAGCGUGACGACCUCGACUACACACUGGGUGCUGAAAGCCUUCCAGGUUUCAUGACGCUGGGGGUGGAUGACCAGAAGAUGCUCAAGGAGAAGCUGAAGAAACAGGACAGAAAGCGAAAGCCGAAGGAAGGCGGGGAUGUGGUCGACGGGCCGUCGGCUGCCAAGCAACCGAAGAAGGAGGUCGACCUCGAAGAGGAGAAAGCCCUCAAGAAACAAUCGGACCGUGUGUUCAAGCUCCGUGGUGACCUACAAAAGAACCUUUCGAAGAAGGAGCUUCAGGAGCUGCUGGAAUUCAACUCCCUGGACAUCCCACCUGGCGAAAGCAGGAUCUUGGAUCUCCUGUCGGACUGCAUGGCUUUUGGCGUUCCAUCGCGCUGUCCUGAAUGCAAAGAGGGCCAGCUGAAGCUCAAGACCCACGGCUACACGUGCACUGGCAACAUCAGUGGGUGGACCAAGUGCACCUACGUGACGCUAGAGCCCGCACGAGCGCCUUUCAAGAUUCCUCAGGAUUUCAAGGAGACCUAUCCAUUCCUUAAUAACUACAAGAGCGUCACGAAGAAACGCAUCUUCCCAAAGAACCUGCCGAAGCCCUCGGAGGCGUCGACGUCAACUAAUGGCAGUGUUGGCAAGCAGCGCCCCCUGGAUGGCCUGGAGGUGGUGUUCAGCAAGACGACGACGCCCGUCGAGGAGCUGAAGAAGAAGGUGAGGUCCCUUGGUGCCAAGGUCGCGCCCAAGGCGUCCGACAAGACGCUGUGCCUCGUCGCCACAGCUGAGGAAGUCAAGAAGAAGAGCAAGCGUGUCAAGGAAGCGGAGGCGCUCAAUGUGCACGUAGUGUCCGAGGACUUCAUAGACUCCCUGGCGAGCGGAGGCGCUGUCACCGAUAUCGACAAGUUCAAGCUUGCAUCGUGGGGUGGCGACGCUGGCUCCAAGAUAGAGAAGUACAAGUCAAAGUCUCAAAUGGACCGGAUGUUUACCAAGAGUGGACCCUCAACAAUGAAGCUGACAGUCAAAGGGCUGGCAGCUGUGGAGCCUGACUCGGGCCUUGCCGACGUUGCACAUGUCUACACCAAGGGCAACGAAAUCUACAGCUCGGUCCUGGGUCUUGUCGACGUCAGCAAGGGCACCAACUCCUACUACAAGCUGCAGCUCUUGGAGGGGGACAAGAAGAAUCGCUACUGGGUGUUCCGUGCGUGGGGUCGUGUGGGGACGAGCGUAGGCGGCAACAAGGUUGAGGAGAUGGACUCUCUGCACGAGGCCAAAACACACUUCAAGUCUCUCUUUGAAGAGAAGACUGGAAACCUCUGGGAGGACCGCAAGGAUUUCGUCAAGCAGCCGAACCGCUUCUAUCCGCUCGAGCUCGACUAUGGCCAAGAAAGCGUAGACAAGAAGCAGUUGAAGCCCAGCAAGGACUCCAAGCUUCCCAUGGCCAUUCAAGAGCUUAUCUGCAUGAUCUUCGACAUCAACAACUUUGAGAAAACCAUGCUUGAAUUUGAGAUUGACUUGACCAAAAUGCCCCUCGGAAAGCUGUCUAAGCGGCAGAUUCAGAAGGCAUACUCGGUGCUGACGGAGCUGACAGAGCUGAUAAAGUCUGACGGAACGGACAACCAGUUCCUGGAUGCCUCGAACCGCUUCUACACGCUCAUCCCGCAUGACUUUGGCAUGAGCAAGCCAACGAUACUCAAGGACGACAAGCUGAUUGAGCAAAAGGUCAACAUGCUGAGCUCGCUGCUAGAGAUCGAGGUGGCCGUCAACUUGCUCAAGAGCGAGGGCGACACUGAGGAAGACAAGCUGCACCCCGUGGAUUUCCACUACAGUCAGCUGAAGACGGACAUCAAGGUGCUGGACAGGUCGCACGACGAGUUUUCGCUGAUGAGCAAGUUCGUCGAGACCACGCACGCGGAGACGCAUCGUUCGUACAAGCUGGAGAUUCUCGAGCUGUUCAAAGUGGUGAGAGAUGGCGAAGCUAAGCGAUACAAGCCCUUCCGGAAGCUCCACAACCGCAAACUGCUUUGGCACGGCUCGCGACUCGCAAACUUUGCUGGUAUCCUCUCCCAGGGGCUGCGCAUUGCUCCACCUGAGGCACCUGUGACUGGCUACAUGUUUGGCAAAGGUAUCUAUUUUGCCGACAUGGUCUCCAAAAGUGCCAACUAUUGCUGCACGUCACCAAGCAGCCCGGUGGGACUGCUGCUGCUCUGCGAAGUUGCUCUUGGAAACAUGUAUGAGCGAAAGAAUGCUGAAUAUAUCACCAAGCUGCCUCCAAACUACCAUUCCACAAAGGGUGUGGGCAUGACCUAUCCGGACCCGGAGCACAAGGUCGUCACACCCGAGGGUGUCGAGGUGCCGUUGGGACCCUCUGUCAAAGACGACAAGGCUGGCCGCAGCAGCCUGCUCUACAACGAGUACAUUGUGUACGACACAGCUCAAGUCACCAUGCGCUACCUCAUGAAAGUCAAGUUCAAUUACAACAUAUGAGGGGCAGGCCAGUGACAGCGUGACUCAUUCGCAUCAGGUCGUGAUUUAUGCGAAGUGUCUGCACGCUUAGAAGGUGAAGAGCGUGCGAGCUCUGUAACGUGCUGAAUGCUCACUGUUGGACCAGAAGUCUUCGUCUCCAGCAUUUUUUCUUGGCUGCUGUUUUAGCAGCCGUAUGUUCUCAUCAUUGAAGUAAGAAGCUGCCAUUGUUGUACACAGUGUCGCUACAACGCUACAGCAGCGUUGGGUAAUGAAUGCAACGUUCGGGUAAUGUUGUGCAACAGUUGGUGCUGCUAAGCCACAUGCAUCCGCAAGGUAUGUCUGUUUUGAUGCAGCUGAAACUUGUAUGGUCAGCACAAAAGACUAGCAAAAGAUGAUGUUUGUGCCUCCGACUGCUCAUGCGUAAAACCUGCAAGAGCUUGUCGUGGUGCACAGCACAGUGAGGCGUUGUUGCUUGUCAAAUGAUGUACAGGGAAGACAAGCUGUCCUUUGUUGUUUUCUGUGCCCCCCCCUCCAAAAAAAAGGAAAAAAAAAGCUAUCAUUCUUCGCUGCGCUAAACACUGUCAUGAAAUACCUGCCAACACACCCAGGCAUCUUACCUAAGACCUCGUUUACAAGGCUGGGAAAUUUCCCAUCACAUCACUGUUGCAUUAAAAACGACGCACAUUGCAAAUGUGACGUUGCAGUGUCUAGGAGAGGUGCCAUCGAUGUCAGUGCAUUUGCUUACAGAACUGAACUACUUCUACCGCCAAAGCACGCUUGAUCCUAUUUUUAUCGUGCUAUUGGGCAGGUAAUAUUUGAAUGAAACAGUGGAUUCAAAUGAAACUGACAUUGCGCCACGUUUCUGCAAGCCAAGAAUGCUGCAGUGCCUGCUUUGAUGAUGAUGUGCCUUUUGCUUUGCUGGCACUCGCCCACAAAGAGAAAUCGGCCAAAAACCGGGUGGGAGGAUCCUCAAGUUAGUUAUGCAUUUAAGAUCAUUAAAUGGAAUUAGAGUAUAAAGCAAAAA